AGAUGGAUUCUGCGCAGUUCAGAGAGUUCGGGAAAGCGGCCGUGGAUCUCAUUGCAGAUUAUCUGGAUAAUGUUAGAGACAGGUCUGUUCUGCCAGAUGUAGAGCCCGGUUAUCUACACGGUCUCAUUCCGGAUAGGCUUCCAGACAAGGGUGACAAAUGGGAGGACGUUCUGGCAGAUGUAGAGAAGACAAUCAUGCCAGGAAUGACUCAUUGGCAAUCUCCCAGAUGUCACGCAUAUUACCCAGCCGCUAGUUCUUACCCCAGUAUUAUAGGAGAAAUGUUAGCCGCUGGUUUUGGAAAUCUUGGCUUUUCGUGGAUUACAAGCCCAGUUUGCACCGAAUUAGAAGUUGCAAUGAUGAACUGGUUGGGUAAAUUACUCAAUCUUCCCGAGGAUUUUCUUUUCUCGGAGGGUGGCAGAGGGGGAGGAGUCAUCCAGGGCUCAGCAAGCGAGGCAACAGUCAUUGCACUCUUAGCAGCAAAAGGUCGGACUAUUAGGAAAAUAUGUCAAAAUACUAUAAAUAGUAAUGAAAACGAUAUUAGGGCGAAACUUGUUGGAUAUACCUCAGAUCAAGCUAAUUCGAGUGUAGAAAAAGCCGGGCUAGUUGGAUCCAUGCCGAUAAGAAUACUGCCUUCGAAUGAAAAAGGCGAGCUUGCCGCUGAUACUUUACAGGAAGCUGUUGAAGUUGAUAUAGCGAAUGGCCUCAUACCAUGCUUCGUAGUAGCGGCGUUUGGUUCAACCGGAACUUGUAGUAUAGAUGAUUUGGAAUCAAUUGGACCUGUCUGUAACAAAUUUGACAUAUGGUUGCACGUAGAUGCAGCAUACGCAGGAGCUGCGCUGAUGCUUCCAGAGUACAAACAUUUAGCGGCAGGACUAAAAUAUGCGGAUUCCUUCGAUUUUAAUCUCCAUAAAUGGCUAUUGGUAAAUUUUGAUUGCUCAGCAAUGUGGGUGAAAGACUCCUCGCAUCUAGUUCAAUCUUUAAGUGUUGACAGGAUUUACCUGAAGCAUCAGCGGCAAGGACAAAACCCUAAAGCUCCCGACUAUAUGCAUUGGCAAAUCGCUCUCGGAAGGAGAUUCCGCGCUCUCAAAGUUUGGAUCACUCUGCGAGUGUAUGGUGUUGAUGGGCUUCAAGCUUUCUUGCGGAAACAAAUCGAUCUUGCUCUUCAAUUCAGCGAGAAAGUGAAGAAUGAUCCAAGGUUCGAGCUCUCCGUGCCACCUAGAAUGGGCCUCGUCUGUUUCAGGUUAAAAGGCGAGGAUGAUGUUACAAAAAUGCUGUAUGAUCGUCUCAUGGCGCGAAGGAAAAUAUUCACGGUUAUCGCAACUGCUCAAAAUAAACUCAUCAUAAGAUUCUGCAUCAACAGUCAACUGACCGAGAGAAAAGAUAUUGAAUUCGCUUGGAGUGAAAUUUCUGAACAGGCAAUGAUCGUAUUAAAUAACAAUGAGCCUAUGGUCAAUGGAAAAGAUCAUCGGAUAACGAAUGGAUCUGACGAAAAAAUCGAUUUUUAAAAAACCCAAAUCUCAUAAUUAGUGAUGAGGAGCCAACCAGUGUCACUCAUCGUCUAAUUUAUUGUCGUUUUUGUGUCAUAGUGUUACAAGUAUUUCUGGUUUCUACCACAAAAAAAUACUUGUAAUUACUUUCCGUAGGGUAUCAGCCACAAGGCAUACUCCGUGAAAUGUAUAAUCAGUAAUUUUCACCCGCCUUUGGCCACCAUCAAUUUGCUCACUCAUAAAAAUAGCGAUUUUACGCGUGCCUCCCUGACCCGUGAAUUAAUUCUAUCGUAAAAAAUUUGCAACUCUCAGUAUAUUUUCCUAUCAUUCAUUCUCGCAUAUUUUAUUUUCUAAGGAGAUCGACACGAAAGCCGUCUUUGAGGUCUAAGAGCUUGUAUCAAACAGGGAAAUCGGAGCAAAAGUUUGAUUGAACUAUGAAGAAGUAACUGCUGGCACUUUAAAUAUUAUUUUGCCUUAAGCUUGCUCUUAAAGAAGAACUGAAAGUCAGUUGAGGAAGAGUUAAAAUUUUCCACGAAUAAUGCCUGUAAACAUAAAAACUCUGUCUAAAUGGGCUUCUAAUACUUGCAAAAAUAAAGUAUUAUGACACCCCUGUGAUGUUUUAUUUAUUUUGACGUCCAUGACCAAUUUAUUUCGGUCAGUUUUUCUUGUGACCAGCCACUUAUGGAAGUGAAGUGUGAAAUCUCACAUUCAUACAAGGACUGUUUUUUUUUAUUUGUAUAACCAAGAAAAAUAUAAAUUUCUUCUUA